GUUGACAACAAUAUAACCUAUAAAAGUAAUUGUUUUAAUAUAUUUGUUUAAAUGUAAAAGCUAUUUUCUUUAAAUUAUGGCCUGGCUUCAGAAUUUAGCAGGCCGUGCUGAGGAUUUGUUAAAUAAAAUUGAUAAAAAUGCUGCUACUGUGUUAAACGAGUCGAAUUCUAAAUUAACCGAUGUUGAAAGCCAACAACAAAGCACAAAUAGAGAUAUUGUACAGGAAAGUGAUUUUGAAGCAAACCUCGGAAAUAAUUCGUACAGCACCUCUUUAACUAGAAGUUCCAGUUUCCAGAAUUCCCCUAUCAAGGACACCAAUGUAGUACAGGCAAUAGCAAGUGUGGAUCAAAAUGAUAUCGGUAUAACAUUUGACGUCACUUCGGAAAAACUCAAAUCUUCAUCUGGAAGUAUUAAUGACGAAAGUGUAAUGGAUAAAUCGUUUAAAAGUUCGGUGAAAAGUGACCAGUUAUCCAGUGCGAGUUCCUUAAAUAAUAGUUUUAUUUUAGCAGAAGAAUCAAAAGUAUUACAUGAAAAAAUUGCUAAAUUAGAAUUUGAAAAUCAAGAUCUUAAUAAACAGCUUCUUAAUAUACAGCAUUUGUAUUCUGAACUCAAAAAUGAGAAUUCUAAUCUACAGUUUCAAAUAGAAAGAUGUAAUGAACAGGUUGCUCAAGCUCAAAUAGAAAAGGAUCAGUAUAUAGCAAGAGCGCAACGUAUUUUACAAGAAAAAGAAAAACUGAUUUCUUUGAAGCAAGAAAAUGUAUCUAAUGAAGAAACAAAUAUUUUUGAAACUUAUAAUGAAGAGCUAAAAAAAGAACUGGAAUUUCAUCAAGCAAAAAGUGAUGAGUUAACUCAAAAAAAUAAUCAGUUACUUAAAGAUAUGCAGUCGCUGCAGAUGCAACAUCGGAUUAUUCAGAAUGGUUUACAUCAGUCACUUCAGAAUUUGGAACAAAAUGUUUUAAAUGAGAAAAAAUUUAGGAUAACUGCUGAAGAAGAAUGCUCACAAAAAACUAAGGAAUUAUAUUUAAAAAAUCAAGAACUGUUACAACUGAAAGAGUUAGUAAAUGUUAAAGACAGUGAAAUAAGUCAAUUAAAAGAAGUUGUUAAACAAAAAGCUAAUGCAACUGUUAAUGAAGAUAUUGAAUCAAGAAUAAAGUCAUUAACACAAACCCUUAUGCUAAAACAAAAUAAACUGGAAACUGUUACUACUGAACGAAAUGCCUUGAGGUUACAAAUCGAAAAACUCGAAAGCGAAUAUAAAAAGAAUGUGGCACAAUUACAUAGAGCGCAAGUAAAAAUUGUUAAUAUUCAAGAACCAGAUGAGACAAUUUCCCUGCCUCGAUUUUUUCGAGUUUCCCCUUUUGAUGCUGGAGUUACAAGGAGAGUAAAACAUGCAUAUUCUACUUUAGAUGCUAUUAGCAUUAGAACGGGAAUUUUUUUGAGGCGUUACCCGGUUGCUAGGGUAUUCGUCUUUUGUUAUAUGGUGCUGUUGCAUAUAUGGGUGCUAAUAAUCCUUUUUUUAUAUGCUCCAACCAAUCGUUAAAUAAAUAACUGCAUAUAAUUUUGUUGUUAAGAAGUGUAUGUAUAUAAUUUUAUUUUAAUACAUAAAUUUAUUUGGAAUUUUUGUGUUAUAU